AGCCGGAGCUUGAGAGAGCUCCUCUACACCGACUUCACGCUGUCUCUCAGGUUGUAUCCUGCCCUCAUCGUGGACAAUGAUGAGGAUGACGAUGGAAACUUCACCAAGUGGAUGAGUAGCUACUGGGGCCACGACGCAGAGCAGGAACGGGCGAAAGAGAGGCGGCGAAGUUUCCGGAGACCGACCCACCCACCUGCAGACCGGCGAGCCUCACUUCCCUGCCCGUCCCAGCUUAAUGCCAUGAAGAUGAAACCUCUCCACCCUGCCACCAUGGUGCCCAUGCGUGCCCCUAUCAAAUCCCGGGACAAGACGGAGGUCAGGCCACACCCCCAGGCCCGUCGUGUCUCGUCUGACGACAAUAGCCACACGAGGAGCCCCACCCUCAACAGCCGCAUCACCACCAUCCACGAACUAUCCGAAACCUUUGAGAGGAGGCUGCGGUUUCGUUGCCGUAACGUCAUGUCACUGAGUGAUGCAGAUGACCUAUGUCUGAUCUGUCAUGAUGACAUGAGGAACCCGGGAACCCGAGAGAACUGCACACACCGGCUCCAUAAAGAGGGAAGGAGGUCAGAGACAGGGCGUCCCCACAGCGGAAUCACAGUGGCUGAAUGUGAAGGUCAUAAGUCUGGAGACGUCCCAUCCUGUAUGGACCAAGAGUACCGCCACCCCCGACGGAAGCUCUCCCUACGAAGACAGCGCUGAUGUCAGCCCGA